ACCAAGAGGACUUGAACUUGAGAACUUCGCGAAACUCGAAUUCAAACAGCUGCCAGCAAAUCCACUCUUUCGUCAAAUAAACAAUAAACUUAAACCCAGAUCGCAAAGGGAACAUUCUUUGCCAUAGCUUAUUGACGAUUCCAACUCCAUUGUUCCCCUCAUUCUCUCCCAAUUCAUUCCAUCUUCUUUGAGAACACAAAAGGAUAAUUCAAGAUGACUCGAGGAGAGGUAAAUAAACAAAAACAAUUCUAUUAUUUACAACACUUCACCCACCUCAGCAUCACUUCACACACUUCAUUGAGAGAAGCGUAUAUCUCCUGCAUGCAUCCAUUCAUCGAUCCAUCAUAUACGCGUCGCAAUGAUCGAUAAUUGACAAUUCUUUCAUUCUAGAUUCUUCACCUUCAUAUCGGUCAAGCUGGUACUCAGCUUGGUAACAGUGCUUGGGAGUUGUAAGUUGAUUUGAUGCCUCGUAUAUUCGGUUGUAUAUCUACUGAUUGAUCGUUUAGAUAUCUCCUUGAGCAUGGUCUCUUACAAGAUGGUCGCCCUGACCCCGAGGCAAAGGCCGUCCACGAAUCUGGUCAACUCGAUACAGUCUUCACGGAAACCGGCAAUGGUAAAUACGUACCUCGAUCCAUCUUCGUCGAUCUCGACCCAUCUCCAAUUGACGAGAUCCGAACUGGUGAUUACAGAUCACUCUUUCACCCAGAGCUUUUGAUCAGUGGAAAGGAAGAUGCUGCCAACAACUACGCUCGUGGUCACUAUACAAUUGGAAAGGAGAUGUUGGAUGGUACUUUGGACAAGAUCCGUCGCGUUCUGGUGAGGAAACAUUGCAUGUGUCUAUAAAUGGACAUUACUAAUUAGCUGCCACAAGGAUAACUGCUCUUCUCUUCAAGGUUUCUUGAUCUUCCACUCUUUCGGUGGUGGAACCGGUUCUGGUUUCGGGUCUCUGUUGCUUGAGCGUCUCUCUACCGACUAUGGCAAGAAAUCAAAACUCGAAUUCGCAGUUUACCCAGCUCCAAGGGUUUCUACCGCUGUUGUCGAGCCAUAUAACGCUGUUCUCAGCACUCAUAGCACCAUCGAAAACUCCGACUGUACCUUCUUGGUCGAUAACGAGGCCGUGUACGAUAUCUGCCGCCGCAACUUGGACAUCCCACGUCCUUCAUUUGAGCAUCUCAACAGAUUGAUUGCUCAAGUUGUCAGCUCCAUUACCUCGUCGCUUCGUUUCGAUGGUGCUAUGAAUGUCGAUCUCAACGAGUUCCAAACUAACUUGGUUCCUUACCCAAGAAUUCAUUAUCCAUUGAUCAGUUACGCCCCAGUCAUUUCCGCUUCUAGAAGUUCUCACGAGAGCUUCAAGACUCAAGAAUUGACCCUCCAGUAUGUUUCUCCAUUUUUGUAUUAAUAUUUCAUACUGACUCCAUAAAGAUGCUUUGAACCAAACAAUCAAAUGGUGGUCUGCGAUCCCCGCAACGGAAAAUACAUGGCCGUUGCCCUCCUUUACCGUGGUGACGUCGUUCCCCGUGACUGCAACGCUGCUGUCGCUUCCCUUAAAGCUAAGACAUCAUUCAACCUCGUCGAAUGGUGUCCAACUGGUUUCAAGCUCGGAAUCAACUACCAAAAGCCUAUGUCUGUUCCAUCCACUGCACCCAACGAUGGUGCCCUUGCCUCAGUCGAUCGAUCCGUCAGUAUGUUGUCCAACACCACCGCUAUUGCCGAAGCUUGGUCAAGAUUGGAUCACAAAUUCGAUCUUAUGUACAGCAAGCGUGCUUUCGUGCAUUGGUAUGUUGGUGAAGGUAUGGAAGAAGGAGAGUUUAGUGAAGCAAGAGAAGAUUUGGCAGCAUUGGAGAAGGACUACGAAGAGGUUGCUGCUGAUAGCUUUGAGGCUGAAGAGACUGAAGCCGAGUAUUAAGUUACCAGCCGGUAUAUGACAUUUUGAGCUUUGCGUCAUUUGAUCCAUAUGGGGUGGUUUGUGUUCUGCGAAUAUCCGAAAAAGAGCGUCUGAUUAUUCGGUGAGAUUGGUAAAUAAAUGGAUUGAUGAAGUGAAGACGGUCUUAAGAUGAGACCGGCAGAGAUAAGAUGAGAUAUUUUAGUUUGCUAGACGAUAUUAUGAAUAGUUGAUAUGCAAUAUGAAUAUGAAUCUUGAUGAUAUGAACUU